GACCACCCAAAAUUCUUCAUCGCUCCCCCACAGAAGAACCCCAUCACCAGAAUGCCCUAAAUGUUAUCCGCCGGUGAGUUCACCAAUCACCUUAGCCGGCCGGAGCCGAGCAUUCCGAGAGUGCUGACCAUACUAUCUUUUGUACUAGAGAAGCUAGUAGCUCGAAAUAAUAGUCUAGUAGACGAUCUGACCCAACCACUGGAUGCUCUGAGCUGCGGCUCGGCUGCCAUCGGAAAGAGGUUGAACCCGUUUCACGGCGUGAGGGCUCCGAGUAUAAGCAUCCCUAAGUACUUGGAGAGGCUGUACAAGUACACAGAUUGUAGCCCUUCAUGUUUUGUGGUAGGGUAUGUGUAUAUUGACAGACUGGUGCAUAAACACCCUGACUCGCUUGUGUUGUCCUUGAACGUACAUAGGUUGCUGGUUACAAGCAUCAUGGUUGCUUCUAAGAUGCUAGAUGAUGUGCAUUACAACAAUGCAUUUUAUGCCAAGGUUGGGGGAGUAAGCAAUGCCGAAUUGAACAGACUAGAAGUGGAGUUUCUUUUCCUACUGGAUUUUGGAGUCACAGUCAGCUCCAGAGUAUUUGAGAGCUAUUGCUUUCACUUGGAAAAGGAAAUGAUGUUGAAUGGGGCAUGCCAAACAAUUGAAAGGGCUUUAGUACUCCCCAUUACAGAUGUGGCUGAUGUGCCUGAAAUUUCUGAAAACACGCAGAGUUCCUCAUCGGAAUCUAAGAAUCAUGGUCUCUAA